AGAAGAAACAAUUACCGUGAGAGAUUUGGUGCUUCUAGAGAGCAGCGCCUGCCUGGAGUUUGGUCGUCAAAAACCUUUGCAGAAAGGUCCUUUGCAAUCUACAGCACAUGGGCAAGCAGCCUGAAGCACAACGCCCGACGCACAAAGCCUGGCUGUCUUCCUGCCGCCACUGGAGUCCCUUCCUGCGAGUGAGCUGCUCGCCCUCUUCUUUCUCUGCUCUGGAUCUGCCACCACGAACUGAAGGGCCACUGGAGCUGGGGGGUCUACAGCCCUGAUUUACCAUUCCAGAGGAAAGACCCUCGAAGCGCUUAGAAGAUAUAUUGUGCUGACCAGGCCGCUUGCUCUUGAUACGCCUGUACAUCCAUAGCAGCCGGCUGACUUUGUGUAUAUAAGGACAUGGGGUUCUGAACCACUCCAGGAAAAGUGGAAGGGACCUUUCCAGGUACUGUUAACAACUUAUACCGCGAUCAAGGUAGAAGGAGUGGAGCCUUGGAUUCACUACACUCGAGUAAAGAAGGCACCGCCAGAUCAGUGGACAUCUACGCAAGAGGGACCUUUGAAACUUAGACUGUGUAAAAAUUCUAAGGACCAGUUUCUUUAGCCUGUUAUCUAUUGAAUUAUGAAUAUUAUGAAUUGUUUGAUUAGACUGAUAACACUUUUUUGUAUUUCAUCACUAAUUUGUAGCCAAAGAAAUACAGAAUGGCCAUGGUCCCAAGCUAUUGUCCAAUAUACCUGGAGUGUGGGACCAUAUCCCAAAGACCGUUCCCCAAAUUUAGCCACUGUAGUAAUGCAUGAAUCUGAAGUUUACCACCCACCUGAGUGGGAACGGGACAGAAAGGACUGGGUCCGUGUCUUAACUGGAACAAUUGGAGAAAGAAUUCAAGUAGGAUGUAGAAAGAUGGAAGGAUCUCUUCAUGAGAAAGCUUCCUCAAUUACCAUCUCCGGAAAUCUAUUAGACCCUAGUUCUAAUAUUACAAUGAGACUCUGUCCCACCACUGAAUGGAAAUGUAACAAGCAAAAUUCUCUCAUUACGUGUUGCUGUCAACAGAAUGUCGGUAACUACUCCUUAGGCCCUAGUACCAAUAAUGUUGAAAUCACCAAAUCCUGUAUUAAGGAACAAGGAGAUUGUUGGCAUAAUUUUACUUUAACUAAACCAGUUGAUGUGGUGUGCGAUUGGCGACCUAAUCCAUUGACAGGAGGACUAUUAGGCCUUACAUUUAAAUUCCAAAUAAAUGCUGUAACUAAACCCCUAGUGAUGCUUGUUGCAGUAGUCACGCACGCUGAUACAGAUACUCUCUUUACGUUAACUAGUAAAGGUGAAGUCACCCCCUCUUUUAUGGUACCACAAGGAAAUGACAUCACAAUAAGAGGCAGAUUAAUCACUGAAUCUCGCAUUGAACCUAUAAACAGUUAUGAAAUUGGACCACAUGGCCCGAUUUUGUGUAAAAAUCAAAAUUUAGACUCUUGGUUAAAUUUGACUGCUGUACAAUACUCCCAUAAAGUAAUAUGUGGUAAAAAUAACACCAAAUACUGGGGAGAACUUAAAAUAGACGUCAUAAUACCUACUACCCAACCAAUUGUUGCGCUUAAUUCGAAAAUCUUUGAAAUUGGACCGUAUGUGAUUAGAAAUACAGGCUUGCAACAAAUGUUGUUUAACCCGGCAUGGUCUCUCAAACAAGUGGAAUUGUCAAUGCAAAACAAUGUUUCAGAUAUUCAACCAGCUUGUUCACCUUUCUUAAAAAUUUCAUAUGAGGGAUGGACCACCUGGCUGCAGAAACGAACUCUUACUAUGAAAAGGACACGGAGAGACUUGACCGGUGUUUUGGGAACAGGAUUGGGAGUUUUAAAUAGCAUUGAUUCAGAAGUAAUAAUGAACAAACUGGCUGCCUCAAUUAGUGAUUUGGCUAAAUUACAACAACCCUUACGAUCUUCUUUAUUGGCUCUAAGAACUAACCAGUGGCUGUUUUCAAAUAUAUUGCCAACAUGGGAAAGAAUAAAUAUAAGGGACCACAAAUUAGUUACAGACGCACUUGGGGUGGUCCAGAAUAACCUCUCUUUGGCUCUUAGUUGUAUCCAGGCUCAAUUAUGGAUGCAGUCGGUAGCCGCCUCAAUUAUAAGAGAAGGGUUGAACCACAAUGGAACUAUACUCUAG